AUGCAAGUUUUAGAAUUUCACAUUUAUGAAACAUAAUGGAUGUUACGUAAAGGAAAGUAUAAAUGCUUUAUAAACAUAUCUGAAAAACAUCUCACACAUCAUUAUUAAUAGAGUGAAUUGCAAGGAAUAUAACUACAAAUGUAAUUAAUUCGUCGAUUACUUUAUUGUCGAUUGAAAGUUCUGCAUAAACAUUUUCUUAAGUUCAAUACAAAAUAGGGUAGAAUACUCACUCAAUUAGAUAAUUGUAUGCAACUAUGUCAUACAAUGUAGAAUUACUUAGCCAAAUGUUAAGAUGUAUUAACAGAACGGGAGAAUCCUUCUAACCGCAAGAAUAAGUUCAAAUUAUUAGGAGAUAUGUAAUCACCUAGAGGCUAUUCUAAACUCAAAUAAUUCAUAAUUGAAUUUGAACAUGAACCUUGGGAUAAAAAAUCACUUAUUUGGUUGAGAUAUCAAGAACAAGAACUUUUCAUUUCUAUUCAAUAAAUAUUAAUGUUUAACUAUUUGUAUUUCAAAAUGACUAAUCUCAAAGAAGCAACUCGCUUUUUAUAGAAACUCAUUUAACUGAAAUUUGUAAAAACUCAAAAAUCAGUUACAAUAUAUCAUGAAGCAUAAACCCUCCUUCAUUCAGCUUAUUUUGAAAACUCUUAUGUCUUUCAUAAUUAAUUCUUUGACCCAAUCUCAAAUAUGCUCAUUAACUCUUUACGUGAGUAUUACCGUCCAAACUCAAAUUAGGACAAAUGCAAAAGACAGAUGAAACACUAUGCUUAACUAUUAAUUAUCAAUCUGGAUUUGUAAAGCAAAUCAUUAGAAUACAAGGAUAAAUAUGAUGAAUCAGCAUUAAUGAUUACUAUGGCCAAUUAUUUAUGUCAACAUAUUUUGACCUUUGUAGGUAACUAAGAUGAAUUAAUCAAUUACAUUAAAUAUGAAUAUGAAUACAAACAUGAAAAAUAUGAACAAAUCAUAUUAGAAUAAUAGGAUCUAAAUUAAUUUGUCUCUUUUUUGUAUGGAUUUAAAAAAAAAUAAAAAUUCUAAACAAAAUAACAAUUUCCUCAUUAAACUAAAUAUGAUAUCAAUAAUAAGAAUGUCUAUAUAUUCCAUCAUACUAGAGCUAAAAGUGAUUAUAAACCAUUAAAAGAUAUAUCUACAAGAGAUGGCAGUUUAUUUGUAUCCAAUACACCUUCUUGUAGUAAAGAUAAAAUAUAGAGAUUUUUAAGUAAUCCACAAAAACAGAAAAAUAAACAUAAAAGAAACAGAAAUCAAGAAAAUUAGAGCUAUUUGAGCAAAUUAAUUUAUCUUAGAAGUCUAUCGGAUUAUAAAUUAGAUCAAAAGAAUGUGGAGACUGAUCUCUAAAAACAUUUAAAAGAUUUAGAAGUAACAUUAUAAAAGCUUGAACAUCCUUAAUAAUUUAAAUCAAUAGAUUAGGUAUUUAAUUAAAAAAUAGAAUCUAUAACAUUUGAAAAAUGUUUAACAUUAGAACAGGUUAAAGAAACAGCUAAAAAGAUUAUAGCUGCAGAAUGGGAAGUUCAUAAAGAAAUGCCAGUAACUAAAAGUUUAAUGAAAUCUAUCUCAGUGUCUGAUAUUCAAUUAGAAAAACUAUAAGAACAAUAUAGUAAGUUAUAAGAAUACAUUAAACUUCAAAAAAUAGAUUAUCAUAAUACUUAAAAGGAUCAAGCAUAAAUGAUUAUGAAGGAGAAUUAAGAUUUGAAGAAGUUAUAAUUAAAUCAACAAAAGUAUUAGAUGAAAUUGAGACAUUAGAAAGUCUAAUAACAAUUUUAAAUACCUAAUAAAUUAUUGAAUUUAUAGACUGAUGAAGCAGGGUUGUCACCAAAGUUUAUAAAGCGUAAUACACAAAUUUUGAAUUCUUAUAAUACAACAAUUUUUGAAAGAAUGGAUCCAUAAUUAAGAUAAAAUAAAGAAUAUAAAAACGCUUAAAAAUAAUUAAUGGAUUUGAUGGUAUCCAAUCUCGAAUAGAGAGACGAAUUAAAUUCAAAGAAAAACAACUCUUUUGUUAGUGUGUUACCUAAAUCAGUAACAAGAUUGUCAUCACCAAAAUAUUUAGAUUCUUAUUCAUAAAGAUCAGAUUAAAAAAAGUCAUUUGCCUUUUCUAACAAUUCUACGAGACUUGAAAUUACAAAAUUUUGA